AUGUCUUCCUCAACAAUCAUUAUGGGAGUAUCGUGGCUCACGAUGAUCUUGUCGAUAUGUUUGAUGACAAUAGUUGUAUUGUUAUUAGUGCGACGAGGAAAAUUUUUAUAUGCUUUGAGAAAAGUGCCUUAUCCUCCUGCUUUUCCCAUCAUUGGAAACGCGUAUGAAUUAUGUUGCAGUCCAGAAGAAGCCUUCAAAAAAAUAAUCAAAUGGGGAAAAGAAUUAGGGGACAUGUACCUGAUCUGGGUAGGGAUGCGACCUUUUAUCUUUCUCUAUAAAGCAGAAGCGAUACAACCAUUGUUGAGCAGUAGUAUUCACAUUGACAAAAGUUUAGAGUACCAGUAUUUACAGCCUUGGCUUGGUUCCGGUUUGGUAACUAGUACCGGAGAAAAAUGGCACUUUCACCGAAAAUUGUUAACGCCAACUUUUCACAGUGGUCUUUUGGAAUUGUAUUUAAAGACGACAAUUAGAGAAGCCCAAAUAUUAAUUUCAUGCCUCAGAAAAGAAAUUGGCAAACCAGAAUUCGAUAUUGUUCCUUAUGCUAAACGAGCAGCGUUGGACAUAAUAUGCGAUAGUUCCAUGGGAUGUAAUAUUAACGCGCAAAAAAAUUUUGAAAAUGAAUACGUGCAGGCUGUGAACACAUUAGCUUCUAUUUCGCAAAGAAGAUUUCUGAACGUGUGGAUGUCCUUCGACCCAAUCUUUAAGUUAACAUCGUGGGGGAAAAGACAUGAUCAUGCACUUAAUAUUACUCAUGGAUUUGUCAAUAAAAUAAUCGCGGAAAGAAAAGCCGAGUGGAAAGAUAGAAAGGAUACAAAUUUUAAUGAAAAAUCUCAUAAACGUCAAGCUUUAUUGGACUUAUUAUUAGAAUUAUCAAAAGAUGGUAAAGUUCUCACCGAUGAUGAUAUUCGCGAUGAAGUGAAUACAUUCAUGUUCGCUGGACACGAUACUACUGCGACUAGCGUAUCGUGGAUUUUGUAUGCAUUGGGAAGACAUCCUCAAUAUCAAGAAUUAAUUAUUGAAGAAUAUUACGAAAUAGUAGGGACGAAAGAAUUAACUUUAGAUAUAUUAAGUAAAUUAACAUGGCUAGAAGCGUGCAUAAAAGAAUCAUGGAGACUUUAUCCAGUAACACCGCUCAUCGCAAGACAAAUCUAUCAUCCUAUUACUAUCUGACAGGAUAUUUUUUAAAUAAAUUAAUUCGUUUUUAGUGGGACAUGAAAUUCCAAUAGGAUCGACGGUUCUCGUUAAUUCAUUCCUUCUUCACCGAGAUUCUCGAUACUUUCCAGAACCAGAUAUUUAUCGACCAGAACGAUUUCUUCCUGAUGGACCAAAAUAUCCUUCUUACGCUUUCGUUCCCUUUAGUGCUGGUUCCCGUAAUUGUAUCGGAUGGAAAUACGGUACAAUGAUCGUUAAAGUUCUUAUUUUGUAUAUAUUGAAAAACUUUCAUGUUGAAUCUUUAGAUACUGAAGAUCAACUUCGUUUUAUUUCUGAAUUAGUAUUACACAAUGCUGAUGGGCUUAGAUUAAAAAUUACACCACGAAAAUAAGCAUUUUUUGCUUGAUUUUAUUGUAACAAUUUAAAAUCGAAUGAAAUAAUGAAAAUCAAAGAUAUUUUUUUUGAUAAUAAGUGAAAGUUAAUUUUUUUUUGUAUAUUCAAAUCGGAUAUUUUUUUUUUUUUUUAUAAAUCAUAACAAUUCUAUUUAAAUUGAAAUAAAUAUUAGAGGAAAUUAAAUUUAUAAUGAUUAAUAAGAAAUUUAUAUUUCAUUUUUGUGUCUUCAUAUAUACAUGAUUAAAUUUAAAAUUACUGUAUAUUGUAGAACAAUUUGUGUUUUAUUAUGAAGGUUUAGGAAUAUAAUUUUUAUAUUUUUUAUGUACAAUUUCUUUAUGUCUUUCAAAUGUUCUUUGAAGCUAUUAAAAUUGUUAUAUUUGUAAUUCUUAUUAUUAUUAUUCAUUUUUAUUAUCAAUAAUUUUUGUUAUUAAUAACAAAUUUAAGACAAUUAUAACAAUUUUAAGAUUUCAAAAUAUUGAUGAAAUUAUUAUUAAUUAUAUUUUUAACUUUUUAAUACUUUUUCAUAAUUAUAAAAAAAAUAGAAAAUGUUACAUUAUACAAUAAUUAAAAAAUAAUUUUUUAUUACAUGAGAAAGUGAUAUUAAAUUUCUCGUAUAUAUUUCUAUUAGAUUAUUGUAAAACUUCAUUAUUAAGUACUUUACAUAUACAAUGUGAAGGAAUAAAAGUAUAAUUGUUAUAUUGUGAUAUUUUAUAAUAUCUUUAGUUUUUAAGAUGUAUAAAUAUGAUAAGAUGUUAUACAAAUAAUAUUUUUAAGCUUUUAUCUAUUUGUAUUUAAUAAAUAAAGCAUUACAUUUUAUUACAAAACACUUUUAAAAUAAAUUUUAAUAAAUACAAUCAUAUUUAUAUGUAUGUGUGCAUCAGAAUGUAUGAUUUAUUUAAUAUUAUUAUUAUAAAAAUGUAUAAAUAUCUUGAAAAAUAUAAAUAAUAAAUGUUGAAACAAAAA